AUGCUCGCAACCUCUGUCAUGGCCCUUGAACCCACCACAAUGAUACUCCCACCCAAAGCCACGCAAUGCUACCAAACAUCCUCAGUUGAAAAUGGCUGCAUGUAUCAAAACAACCAGACCAAGUACUACGAAUGCGUAUGUGGCUACGAUGGCGGCCAUUUCCUUAAGGAUAACGCCGAAUGCGUAGGCGCGAUAGAGGUGAAAAUCGAUUUGCUAAGUGUUUAUCAGUACUUGCAGGUGACGUGUGAUGCGUUCCAUCUACCCGUCAAGAUGAGUCAAGAUGAUUUCUUGAAGACAGCAGGUAAUAUCACGGAUCCGGAACCGGAACCGGACGCAGACAACAACCCAGGAGGCAUUUCGACUGGCGCCAAGAUUGCCAUCGCUAUGAGCGCAAUAGUCGCCGCUGCUGUAGCCCUCAGCGGCCUCAUUUAUGUUUUCUGCCGUGCUAAGGCGAGACGAGGAAUAAAACAGUUUGCCGAAGCCAAGUCCCGGAGAUAUAAAGAAAUCACUCCACUCCCUCAGCCACGGCCCUGCCGCGCAGGGCCAUCCAUGUCGCCUCGGCCAUUGCCAGCGGAGCUCGCAGUAUCGGUUCCUCCGCCGCCCGAAUACACGCCCAGUCUGGCCAGUAUUAAUGCAAGUGCAAAUGCUCUGCGGAUUCCGUCUGAGGUUGCCUUGCCGCAAACGCGCUUAGCAUGGACGUAUAUGGAAUCUACGAUGUCAUCCUCGACGAUGCCCAGUCAUGCCCCGCCGUUGGGUAAGAAAACGACAUCGCCAUGUGUACAGAAUGCAUAUCGGCCGUACGAACUUGACGAUACCAGUAUCACAACGCCCGUGUCAGCGAUAUAA